CACAGGCAUCCUGGACCAUCUUCCUUCAAUACUAGCAUUUGCAAUGCCACUCAAUAUCAGCUACAAGGGAGUAGCAACGGGGAUUUAGAGCAGAGUGGAAUACGUGUGUUGGAGCUGGCAGAACCGAGAGGCGCGUCACCGAGACAAUAUUCGAGUUCGGACUUAUGUGUGGUACGGCUAAUCCUUGUAUCACACUUUGUGCCGUCCUUGUCGGGGGUAUUGAUGGCUUAGAAAACAAGCUUCCACUUGUAGCAGGGGACUGCCAGAGAGAAGUUGCAGAUUUGUCAGCAGAGGAACGGAGGGGGCUUCGGGUAACGACGAAACCUCAUAUUAGCAUCGACGAGAGCUUGAGAGAGUUUCAGUCAGAUGGGGCUUUAGUUAGAGGUCUAGAGACGCCUUUGGUAUCAGCAUACGUUUCUAUAAUGGAAGAGUAGUAUGAGGUAUUGCGAAAAUGGAGACCCAGGAAUGGGAGAACUGGAUCAUUAGUCAUUACUGAAGACUGCACGAAAAUAGCAUACGGAGGACUGUGCUUAAUCGAGAAACGGAGCAAAUGGAGGGUAAAAGCGGUAGAAAUUAGUGGAAGUUUGGGGGACCAAAAUGAAACUUGUCUCCCAGAAGCACCACAGACGAGUCGAU